UUUGCCGCCCUCUAAAAGAAUCUUGAACGGUAUAAUUGCAAUUUUAUGCUUUGUUUGGAAUGGUUUAAACUUCCUAAAAUAUUAUUUAACUGAUUCUUUUUUCCUCCAUGAAGUUUAAAAGUUAAUUCAGGAAUGGUAGUGGUGAGAAAUUGCCGAUUCAAAAGGACAAGUUGAAGUUCAACUGAAAUUCCGGAAGAACCUCAAGCUUGACUCUCGUUGCAUUUCCACGAUCCAUUGUCGCCUCUCAACGGCCAGUAUAAGUCUGCUCACCUCCCGCCCACAUACCUUUUGCAACUGUCCUGUUUCCUCCUAGGAUAGUGUUGAAAUCAUCUAAGAAUAAAGCCACUGAAAUCACCACUCUUCUCGAAAAUAUUCCAUCACUUGGUGUCUAGCACCUCUCCACUGGCCAUCACUGCAGGUGUGUACCACCCAGAUUGUUAAUAUGAUUCAUGAUCGUUACUUCAUGUUCUCAUCCAUCGUCCUUAGGGCCGUACAGUUAUAACGACGAAACACAACUGCAGCUCCGACUUGGAUCUCAGGAUCCAGCCCAAUCCAUACCUGUAGACUUCGGCUGCAGCUGCACUAGAGCUUCCUCCAGUGCCUGGAAGCUUUGCUUUGGUUCAAGUAACAUCAUGGGUGCGCACUUGCAAUGGCAGCAAGCCCCGCUUGUCGUUCCCCUCCGCGGGCCCCUCGUCCCAGCAGGGACCCAGACAGGCGGGGCUGGCCCGCACGCCACGCCUGUCAUACCGGGCCUACUGCCCGGCCCGAUAGGGCAAGCCGUUGGAUCGGUAUCAGGGACCCUUCCUAUCAACGUAGUAGCUUCCGGAAAUUCCAUCUCGGUCCAACCCCAGCACGAUCGCACCAUCAUCGGAAUCGAGGUGCGAUACAAGGACGGCAGCACCGAACAACUUGACGAAUCGCAGUUUCAUCAGUGCCCGAAGCUCAUUGCUGAGGCAGCGAAGCUUCAGCAUGGCGUUGGUGAGCCAAGCGACACAAUUAUGACUGUGCCCGGCCAAAGCCCGCAGAGCCUGUCGGGGCCCUGCCCUAUUUCAGAGAUAGGCGCCAGCCUUGACGGUAUCGGGUAUUUUACCCAAGGUGCAAGCAGGCUGUCUUCGCGCCAUUCGUCGCUGCAAAUCUCGUCCGACGGAAGCGAGACCUCGAGUGACAGUUCGCGGGGUCGCAGGUCUCGCCAUCUUGGAGCUCCAAAUGCACGAGCGUAUACCGCACCAAUGUUGCAACGGUACCUCGAUUCGGCAGAAAAUGAGGGAUGGCCGUUGUUUUCACGCAGCACCCUCUGAGUCUCACAGUCACCUCUGGUGCUGGCACCGAAGAAGUUCUUUCGUCUCGCCUCGAAGUUUUGGUGUAGGCCCAACAUUAGCCACCCUACCGUCCAACAAGAUCUUAUAACUGUUAAUAAAAAUUAAAAGCUAAGUUAAAC